AAAAAAAAAAAAAAAAUACAUGAAUAACCUAAUAAUUGCGUAACAACCUGAGAAUUAUUCCUUUUUUUUGAACAAAAAAAUGUUCCUUCGUCCUUGUUCCGGAAGAAAUCCUCCCAGUGAAUACCAGGGCCUGGUGAAGCACACAGGAGGCUGUCACUGUGGAGCAGUUCGUUUUGAAGUUUGGGCCUCAGCGGACUUGCACGUCUUUGACUGCAACCUGUACCCAGAUGACCUGUUCCCGUGUGACUACAGCUACCCCGGCAUACCUGAUUCCAUUGGAGAUGAAGCUGCUCCCAUCCGUGAACAUCACCUCAUCAGGGUCCGGCCAAGGCACAUCAGUCAAGUCAGCUGCAGCAUUUGCAAGAAGAAGCAGAAUAGACACUUCAUUGUUCCAGCUUCUCGCUUCAAGCUCCUGAAGGGAGCCGAGAGCAUAACAACCUAUACAUUCAACACACACAAAGCCCAGCACACCUUCUGUAAGAGAUGUGGUGUUCAGAGCUUCUAUACUCCCCGCUCAAACCCCGGAGGCUUUGGAAUCGCCCCACACUGCCUGGAUGAGGGCACUGUGCGGAGUGUGGUUACUGAGGACUUCAACGGCAGCGAGUGGGAAAAGGCCAUGAAGGAGCACAAGACCAUUAAGAACAUGUCUAAAGAGUGAGCUUCUGCUUCUCGCUUCCUGAAAGCUGUUCCUGCUGCACCUUGGUGGUGCUCCUGUGUGGGACUAUUGGCCCUGUUGGCCGGCGGCCACCGUGACCUCUGCGGUUUGUCCAGCUACCAGUUUCUUUAGGCAGCUCUCUGUCCUUCCUUAGCCCAAUUUUUGAUGUAGGCUAGUUGACAUCCUUCCUUCUCUUCCCAACUUUUGUGUGAUCUUUUAGGAAAAAAAAUAAAUAUUUUUAACAUUAAAGCA